ACAGCACCGGGGGACUACAGCAGAGUCACCACCACCAGCAGCUGCAUCACCAUCACCAUCAAUAUUACCGAUAACGCUACAUCACAUCUACCGCAAGCAGCCAUUCUACAGGUUUCAACGCCUACACCUACAGCGAGGCUGUGGGUCCCCAGACGGAGGAGGUGUAGUCGGUCAGUCAGGGGGGGUUUCUCCCACUCUCGCUCCCUCUCCCUGCACCCAGCUCAGCAUGCCCCAGCCCCUGAGCACCUCCAUAGCUCUCCCAGCUCCACUACCAUGUGUAGAUGGACAGUGACAAAAGGUGCACCGGUCGCCUGGUUCUCCACCUGCCCCUGCUACAGACCUCCUUCACUCGUCCUCUCCCUCACCUUCCUCCUCCUGCUCCUCCUGCUCGGACCCUCCUCGUCCGCACCCCUGUCCGCUUUAUCAUCAUCAGACUCACACAAUGCAAAACCACGAGGGAAUCCUCCGCACGCCUUCAUCUCACGCCCUUCAUCUCCUUCCUCAUCGCCCGCACCGCUGCACGCAUCCUCCGCGAGGUUGCCACGGGCGACCAACGUGUCGUCGUCCUCCGCGACGGUCAUCGGGCGCCACGUGCGGAGCAGCUACAACCAUCUCCAAGGAGACGUGCGAAGGAGGAAACUGUUCUCCUUCCAGAAAUUCUUCCUUCGCAUCGACAAGAAAGGAAAAGUUAAUGGCACCAAAAGUGAGGAUGAUCCAUACAGCAUGUUGGAGAUCAAGUCGGUGGAUGUGGGAGUCGUGGCCAUCAGGGGCCUCAGCAGUAACUACUACCUGGCAAUCAGCAAGAAGGGAGAGCUAUACGGAGCGAGGGACUUUGGUCCGGACUGCCGUCUGAUUGAACGCAUUGAGGAGAACAAGUACAACACCUACGCUUCAGCAGAGUGGCGCAACAAGAAGAAGCACAUGUUUGUGGGACUGAACGCCAACGGCAAGCCAAUGAGGGGGAAGAAGACACGGAGGAAAAACACUGCCACUCACUUCCUGCCCAUUGUGGUAACACCACGAUGAUUGGACAUAUUGGCCACGACAGAGCUCUGCCCACUGCAGGGCAUCGGACUUCUUUGGAGUUACAGCGAUGGCUACAUUGGACAGAUCUGAAUCAGAUCUGAAUGAUGCACUGAGGAGGAACAGAAUGGAAACCUAUGGACAUUUUAUCUCUGUUGGAUAAAGACAUUUCUAUUUUUAAAGAAAGAAAUAAGAUAUAUUGCUAUACAAUGUAUAUAUUAUUUUCUGUUUUAAGUUAUCAAGUACAUUGGCACAGUAGAAAAUAUGAAAAGAAAUUACUUCUGUGCCAAAAUGUGAUCAGUAACUCACAUUUCUAGAUUUGUGUGCAUGUGAAGCGCUUGGCUGGGAAGAAAUUAAAUGAUAGAAUGUGUAAGGGAGGAAAAGAAAAAAGACAAGAAGAGGAAGUAUUGAUAGAAGGCUGAUUGAUAGAAAAGGAGGAGAAAUGAACAAGGAAAGCAGAAAAUGGAAAUGAUGAGAAAGAGUUGAGAGUCAAGAAGCCCCAACACAACAGCAAGUCUAACACUAUCAUGUUUUUUUUUUUCUUUAAAUUUAUUUAUUUUGUGUAAUAUUUAACAAAAAAAGAACAAAAACACAAAAAGGACAAAUUCUUGUCUUUUUUACCAUUUAUGCUUCUCUUUUUGAAUACUAAUCAUUUAAACCUGAAUAAAUAUAAAAAAUAUAUUUGUCUUUAAGUUGUUUGACUGACUUUGAAUCUUUUUUUUAGAUAUUUUCACAUAGGGCUGGGCAAUAUGACGACAUAUAUCGUCAAAACAAUAUAAAAAUGUCUAUCAUAUAUUUUUGUCUAUAUCGUUUCUAUUGCGAUAUACGCUAGGCCUAUAUUUAUUUAUUCUCACUAUAUUUAUUUCAUUUAAAACUAAUAAAAUACUCAGUACUUUUUAUUUGUCAAGUAUUUAAUUCACACAGGAGUAUACAAAAAUAAGCGUUACCAUGUGG